AUGAUGGCGGCUCAUCUUGAGUUCAGCUAUAACAUCAAUAAAAAUUAUUUGUGUGAUACUCGGUAUCAACAAACCGCAUCAAACAUCAAGAGCAGAGUCAAUCGCCAAUCUGUUUUGGGGGCCAUAACUUGUGCGCAGCAAAGGCUGAAACUUUAUAGCAAGGUCCCUCCCAAUGGUCUCGUGCUCUAUACAGGCACCAUCGUCAACGAGGAAGGCAAGGAAAAGAAGGUUACUAUUGACUUUGAGCCAUUCAGACCAAUAAACGCUUCUCUCUACCUCUGUGAAAACAAGUUUCACACUGAAGCUCUGAGUGAAUUGGUGGAGUCUGAUGACAAGUUUGGUUUUAUUGUAAUGGACGGAAAAGGCACUCUCUUUGGAACUCUUUGCGGAAACACAAGUGACGUGCUUCACAAGUUUUCUGUUGAUCUUCCAAACAGUCACAGAAGAGGAGGACAAUCGGCUCUUCGGUUUGACCGCCUCGGCACGGAGAAGCGUCACAAUUACCUGAGGAAAACCGCUGAGCUAGCCACACAGUACUUCGUCAAUCCUUCAACAAGCCAGCCUAACGUGGCAGGGCUAAUACUUGCCGGUUCAGCGGAUUUGAAGACUAAAUUGAGUCAGUCAGAUAUGUUUAGUCCCCGGCUCGCGGCCAAGAUACUGACUGUGGUGGAUGUAUCAUGUGGAGGAGAAAAGGGUUUUAACCUCGCUGUUGAGCAGUCAUGUGAUAUACUAGCGAAUGUGAAGUUCUGUCAAGAGAAGCGUUUGAUAGGGAAGUUUGCUACGGAGACGAGGCAGGGCACAGGGAAGUACGUGUCUGGCGUGGAUGACACGUUAACCGCUGUGGAUUCAGGUGCUGUUGAGACGCUUAUUAGAUGGGAAAAUCUUGAUAUCAACAGGUACGUGAUGAAGAACAGUGUUACAAGUGAAACUGUGAUAAAGCACUUGAACAAGGAACAAGAAGACAACAAGGAAAACUUCAAAGGGUUGGGUGUGGAGGAGAAGAUGUCGUUGCUGGAGUGGCUGGCUGAUGAAUACAAGCGUUUUGGUUGUGCGCUAGAGAUUGUAACCGACAAAACAGAGGAAGGGGCUAAGUUUUGCAGAGGGUAUGGUGGGAUUGGAGGGAUACUUCGUUACCCGUUUGACAUGAGUGCUUUUGAUUCUGAGGGGGGAGAGGAUUAUGAAGAUGAUGAUUCUGAAAAUGAAGAAGUUCAUGAAGAUUCCUUUGAUUCAGAGGAUGGAGAAGUUUAUGAUGAUGAUUCUAAAUAGGAAUUAAUCAAAUCCUCACCCUUGCCGGGUAGGGGAGAUGGACCACCUCCAAGCCUGAAACAGCCUGCGCGGGCUCUCGGGGCCACACGGAAAAGAGAUGGAAAGUAAAUGAAGAAGAAUAUUUUUCCAUAGGUGGAGAAUGAAGAAACAGGUGGAUAAUUGAAUAGGUCUUGGCUGCUACACCUUACCUUUUGAUGCAGCGCCAUCGGUUCCACAAGUCCUAUAUAGUCUUCAUAGGUUUUGGUUUUAUGUUUUAUCUUUUCCUUUUGUUUUCGUUUGGAGAGAUAAACUCCCAAGUUUUAUUUGCAAUUCUUUUAGUUUCAUAUUCGAAGUUCUCGUCCUAUAAGUAGGACUCUUCUUUUGAAUGGUUUUGCUUUUGAGAAUUAAGGACUUUUUACUGAA